AACUGAUGGUCUCAACUUGGAGGGGGUGAAUUUUCUAAUCAGCUGAUUAUGUUUACUAUUAAGGAAUUAAGUGGGCCAAUGUGUGACAGAAAUGUGUAUAUUUAGUACAUAUACAUUGAAUUGUACUCUAGGAUUUCUUCCUCAACGCCAUGUGAAUGGGUUGCGAGAAUUUCCUUUUUCCGUUCAAGCAUCGUUUCAGAUGUAAAAUUCUCAAUAAGGCUGUCAAAGAGGAAUUUCUGAUCUUUCUUAUUUUCCCUGAAAGUUUACAUUCUGGAACGAGUUAUGUGAUACAGUAAUAGCUACUAUAGUCUGUUUGGAUUUAAGAUGCUGAACUUUGUCAUAAGAUGAAUAAAUGGGUAAAAAGGACCAUGUGCAGAUUGUCAAAAGCCUCACCAACCAUAGACGAGUAUGAUGAGGUUCUGAGAGCCGCGGAGGAAAGGAGGGAAAUCGUCGCCAAGUAUGACAAGGGAAGAGAGGAGGGGGCACAGAUUGACCCCUGGGAGGAUCCAGCGUUUGAGGUGUACCAUGUCCUUGACCGGUGGGGCUUCAUACAUGACCAUCGACUUCCUGAGGGGAGGGAUGCAGCAGAAAGCAAGGCAAUAGAGAUAGAAAGAGAAAGAUCCAAGAAAUGGCUGAAAAUGAUCAACAAGUGGGAGCAGUACUACCCGGGGGAGAAGAUUGUCAGGAGGAUUUACAAGGGGAUUCCAGCAGGUCUGAGGGGACUUGUAUGGGCCCGGAUUCUCAAUAUCAAUAAAACCAGAGAGGAGCAGAAUGGAGUCUACAGGGCAAUGAGAGACAGGGCUAGGAAGAAGUCACCCCACAUAAGACAAAUUGAUAUAGAUGUCAACAGAACCUACAGAAACCACAUCAUGUUCAGGGAAAGAUAUGGUGUCAAACAACAGGCCUUAUUCCAUGUGCUGGCGGCCUACUCUACAUACAAUACAGAGGUGGGCUACUGUCAGGGGAUGAGUGAGAUAGCCGCUCUCUUACUGAUGUACCUUAAUGAAGAGGAUGCUUUCUGGGGCCUAUCUCAGCUGUUCUGUAGUAAACAACACGGCAUGCAUGGUAAGAACCCCAGCCGUCUGAUGCAUGGUUUCUUUAUACCAGGGUUCCCCAAACUUUUUCGAUAUCAGGAACACCAUGAUGUAAUCCUGAAGAAAUUCUUACCCAAAGUCAGGAAGUAUUUUGAAAGAAAUGACAUUUACCCGUCAUUAUAUUCCAUAAAAUGGUUUUUGCAGUGUUUUCUGGGAAGGAUCCCCUUUACCCUGACCCUGAGGCUGUGGGAUAUCUAUAUACUGGAGGGGGAGAAGGUCCUGUCAGCUAUGGCCUACAAUAUCAUCAAACUACACAGGAGAAAGAUGAUGAGGAUGGGUCCUGAUGAAAUCCUGCAGUUCUUUCAGACGGAGCUGGAGAAGAACUUUGGUUAUGAUGAUGACACUGUGAUAGAUCAGCUACAGAUUUGUAUGGAGGAACUACGCAAAGCUAAAAUGGACCUCCCUCCCCGUCCCAAGGUGAACGAAGAGCCAACGUUACCAUUCGGACUGGAGAUAGAACCCAGCAUAGAACAAAUUAUAAAGGGACGUCACCCUGAAACAAUUGACGAACACUUUAAGAGAAAUCCCCACAAAGGCAAGGCGGGUUAUUUAAAGAAAAGGGGACUGAACUCUGUCGCUACCCCUGACAUGCCUCGUAGUCGCACGGACUCUAGUCGAUUGUCGGAAUACUCCAUGGAUGACACUUCUACCUACUAUGAUACUGCUGCUAAUUCUAGAAUUUCUUUUUCGAAAACUUCGAUGCAGAGUUCGCGGACGUCCUACGCUGAUGAUUCUGAUGUGGAGGGUUUUCGGCAGACGCCUAUGAUGGAUGACUUAGAUGAACAUUUAGUGGGGAUGGAAAAUGGGCAUCCGUCCCGUGACACAACCAUUGAGAAUAUUGCAGAGGAGCUGAAAACUCCAUCUGUUCAUUCAGACUAUGAUAACAUAGAAAACAGUGCAAGUCCCAAUGCGUCAUCCAAAGCCAGCUUUCACGAUGCCAUGGAGACCACAAUAACAGAGGUACCUGUUCAUCAUGAAGUCUCCAUCCACAUACCAUCAAGUAAGUCUGAUGGGUACAUCAAGUCAAGAAGUCGUAUGGAAAAUGGCGAAAACCACAACUCAUCUAAUGCCAGCCAUGACGUGACGCUGCAGGAGAAUGGCUCCUACAGACAGGGAGCCAAGAGUGCCAAUGACAUUAGCAGCAGUCCCUCUAGGUAUGUAUCUAAAGUGAGUGUACACACGGAUUAUAACGGGCAUCCCAACGGCUUCCCCGAGGAACAUACGUCUCCACACAAUAUGCACAACUCGUCUAAGGUCAAGGUAUCCAGUACCAACUUCAACCAGCGGUUAGUUAGUAAGCAUCAGAUUCAACUCAAAACUAGUCAACUGUAGACCCUGAUAUUAGGAUUAUUGUAACAUAGGCCAUGAACAUGUUAAUUUUAUGUCAGACUUGCAAUUCGAAAUGUUUUCAUUGUAUUUCAUGUUUUCGCAAAAUGAUGCUGGGACCUUUGUUGAAUUCUUAAGAUUUUUAAUUUGAAACAUAAAAACACCUGUAAAGAUAUCAGGUUUUAGGGAAAUAAUAAUUAUUUUACCACAUUUUAAAGCAUGUUUUAAAUGUAUAAACUUGUUUCAAGAUCUAAUGAGUUUUACAUUUUCUCUAAAUUUUACCUCCAAAUAUUAAGCCUUAAUAGUUGAAUAGAAUUUGUUAUUUGUAAUUUUUUGUGCAAAGAAAUGAUCUCACAAAAGAUGACAAACGUUGACAUACUUUCUAUGAUGGCAGGUGGCAAAGAUGUCUGUGUACUGUACAAAGUCAUAAAUUUUCUACAAAACUACAUGUUUCAAUUCUCACUAGUAAGAUGUUCUGUUUUUUCAUACUUUUAUCACUGUGAUUUAGGUACUUUUGAUAUUCAAGUAGCUUAAAGCACAUGGUAGUUCUUAUAAUUGAGUAUGAAUAAAAAAAGGGCUGAAACAGUACAGUUUUUUAUGUGAAGGUAGAUGUAAAAAAAUUAGAUAGUAGUUGUUGUUUUUCAUCCUAUGAUUAUGAAAAGGAGAAAAGAUGUCACAAUUGAUGUAAACUAGAGUAAAGGUAUUCAUUAGUGCCAUCAAUGAGUGAAAAUACAUAUACGAUAAGAUACACUGUAUUAGGUAUAAGUAAAACAUAUCAAAAGAAGAGAUUAAAAUUACAAUAAUGUUGAUUUUUGACAUGCUAGGAAACAUUCAGACAAACAGCAGAACAUGGUGAAAUCCUGUUAAAAUAUAGGUUUAAUUCAUUGUUACUUCAAAUACUCAUAAUAUGUUGUAUGCCAGCAUGGUCAGAUGUCAAAACAACUACAGAUUUUUCUUUCAGAAUUUGUGCAUUCAUGAUUUUGAUAUGAAAUGUGUUAUUUUGAGGGUGAAAAGUUGGUGCAAUAUAUUUAAUGAGUUUUUAAUGAUUCAUUGAUUAAUGAUUCUAUGUAAAGAAAAAUGAUUUAAAAAUUGUUCCUAAAGUGUGAAAUCUCCUUGAAUCCAUGCAUGCUUGAGAUUUGCACCAUUUGUCGUACACAGGAACUUCAAUCUAUAAGCUCCUCUGGAAGACUCAUGUUUCUUGCUUUGUACAAUCAUUUAGACAAGGACAUGUAGUAGAACAGUGUCAAACACA